AUGUAUGGUUCGACGAAUAUGAGCGCAGCAAAAGAUUUCAAGGUUGUUAUUGCAGGCGGAGGCAUCGCGGGGCUUGCCCUGGCCCUCAUGCUCGAGCAGUUCGAUCUAGACUACGUCGUCCUCGAGGGCCACAGGGAGAUUUCGCCAGCGGUUGGCGCCAGCAUUGGCAUGUUUCCCAACGGAAUACGCAUCUUGGACCAACUUGGAUGUGUGGAGCAGAUCGAGGAGGUGUUUGCAGGCAUCAUUCCCUACAAGAAGACCUAUACUCGAGACGAGAAGGGCCAAGUCUUGUCCACGAUGGAUGACUUUUUCGAGCGGUUGAGAGUUAGAUUCGGAUAUGGGCUGUAUUUCUUUGACCGUCAGAAGAUAUUAGAGAUCUUUUACGACAAGCUCGAGCACAAAGAGCGCGUUUUGACGCAGAAGAAGGUCACCAAUGUCAACCUGGUUAAGGGGGGUGUCGAAGCCAUUUGUGCCGAUGGCUCCGUCUUCACGGGAACUUUCAUCGUGGGUGCAGAUGGCAUUCACAGUGCCGUGCGAGAAUCAAUGACUGAGCUUGGCCACAAGCUUCAGCCGGGUUACUUUGACCCCAGCGAAAAGGACAGGGUACCGUGCUACUAUAGGUGCAGCUUUGGCAUCGCUCAGCAUGUCCCGAACUGGGUUCCCAGUGAGCAGCACCUAGUUUUUGGCACUGGAUGUUCUCAGCUGGUCGUAUCGGGUCCCGACGACAAGGUAUAUUGGUUUCUGUUCGAGCAGCUGCCAGAAAUCAAAUACGGCAAGGAUAUCCCUAAGUAUACCAAGGAGGAGGAAGCGGAGUUUGUGAAGCAAAACAAAGAUGUUCCCAUCACAACUGAGAUUACAUUCGGAGAUGUCUACAAGGCUCGGAUCUCGUCCACAUUGACUGCACUCCAUGAGGUAGUGUACGAGAAGUGGUUUUUCAAUAGAAUCAUCACAUUAGGCGACUCUUGUCAUAAGCCGAACCCAAUUGGUGGGCAGGGAGGCAAUGGGGCUCUUGAGUCUUGUGCGGUUCUCGUCAACAACCUCCUCCGACUGAAACAUGGGCGAGGAGGCAGCCUGUCAAGCCUUACAGAUGCAGAGAUUGAGGGAAUUUUUCAAGAAACGCAAUCCACUAGACACAAACGCGCCAAAGACAUUGUCUACCAAGCACACGUCAGGCAGUCAUUCUUUGCCAAAGAGAACCCGCUUCUCACCGAUUUUAUCAACAACUUUGUGUCGCCUCUGGCCGGCUCUGACGCGGUUCUUGCCAUGUUGACUGAUGUCUUCCAACCCGGUGCGAGAAUAGAUAAGCUUCCUAUACCUCACAGACCACGGCUGGUUCCAUAUGAGGACGAGCUCCCCGCGAAAAUCAUUGACGACUCGGUCCACAAACUGGUGCGCGGAGCGGUUGUGGGUGGCAUGGGAGCCACGCUGUUCCUCGCGGCUAAAUCAAUGCGUCUCCCAUUCAAUCAAGUUGCCGAGUGGAGUGCACAAAACAUGAGCCUCAAGUGGUUUGGCAACAACGCUGCUUCGAGAUUUUUCGAGCUGGUAACCUCUGUCCUGGCAGUGCCGCUUCAGGAUCCUUCAACUAGGAUACAUAUUACUCAUUUCCUCCCACAGCUGAUCUCACCUAUCCUCAUAUAUACCAUCGAGGGGUAUCGAAAGGGACAGCGGGCCAGCCCCCUAGCCCUACCCUCGCUUUUCAAUGCGGGAAUGCAGGUCCAAGGGAUUGCGCGAGUAGCCCCUUUUCACACCAUUUUGAGCGCAUUCUUCUGGAGCGAAGGACCUGUCGAACGCACUAUUCCGCCCGAGGUGGCACAGUCACUCGUUCCUGCGGUAACCCUCGGUUUUGUCAUUCCAACAGUUAUGGCGCUCCUGCCGACGCCGAACCAGACAGCCGGAAAUCAUUGGCUUGGACUGUGGCAAUUUGCGCCACCGCUUGUCAAUGUCUUCACAUAUCUGAUCUCAAAAGGCCUGAAGAAAUGGAAUGAGACUCGUGAUAGGGCCGAGAAGAGGGACGAGUUGGACGCCGACCCAGCUCAAGAUCUCACCACACUGAAAUCGGUCUACACGUACGCAUUCGCUGUCCAAGCGACCGCCCAAAUCGCCACUCUCGCAUACGGCUCGACCUACCCGGGGUUGAGUCUGGCAAAAGCGUUCUUCAAUCUUCCUAACCCUUUCUCUGCCGAUUGGAAACUUCCGAGCUUGAGUGCUGAGUUGGCGACCUUUUUUAGGUAUGACAUGGUGCUGGGAGUUACGGGAUAUAUGGGCAGCAACUUGCUCUCAAUUUGGAACCUACGUCGCCAAGGAUUCAUCAAGACGCACGAGGCCGUCAAAGCAGCGCUUUCCGUGGUAGUAGGGCAAUUUCUUGUCGGUCCUGGAGCAACGUGGGCUGGCUUGUGGUACUGGCGGGAGGACAAGAUUGCUGGAAUCGCCAAGGCAAGCGGUGUCAGCUAG